AUGAACAGAUACAUGACUCUGAAUCAGCUUGGAGACGGCACGUAUGGAUCAGUCGUGUUGGGACAAAACAUCGAUACAGGAGAAAAGGUGGCCAUUAAAAGAAUGAAAAGAAAAUAUUAUUCUUGGGACGAAGCAAUGAAUUUGAGAGAAGUUAAGUCUUUGAAAAAAUUAAAUCAUGCUAAUUUAAUAAAGCUGAGAGAAGUCAUUAGAGAAAACGACACACUCUACUUUGUAUUCGAAUAUAUGAAAGAAAAUCUUUAUCAGCUUAUGCGGAGUCAAAGUAAAUUUUUUCCUGAACAGUCCAUCAGAAAUAUACUUUAUCAGAUAUUGCAAGGAUUGGCGUUCAUGCACAGGCACGGUUUCUUCCACCGGGACAUGAAGCCGGAGAACUUACUGUGCUGCGGUCCCGAGCUCGUGAAAAUCGCCGAUUUUGGUUUGGCCAGGGAGACUCGGUCGCGCCCUCCGUACACCGACUACGUGUCCACCCGAUGGUAUCGAGCCCCCGAGGUGUUAUUGCAUUCGAUCAAUUACAGCACGCCGAUCGACUUGUGGGCCGUCGGCUGCAUCAUGGCCGAGCUGUACACGUUCAGACCGUUGUUUCCGGGCACGAGCGAGAUCGAUCAAAUAUUCAAAAUAUGCUCGGUUCUAGGCACUCCCGAUAAGAAAGAAUGGUUUGAAGGUUACCAAUUGGCAUCAGCUAUGAGUUUUAAGUUUCCUGUAUUCAAACGAUUGGCGCUUAAUACGGUUGUGCCAAAUGCAAGUCGCGAUGGAAUACAUUUAAUGGAAUUACUACUUAGUUGGAAUCCGAUUCGAAGACCAAGCGCACAAAGUGCUUUGAGGCAACCAUACUUCCAAGUAGGACAACUACGUUUGAAUCAGGAUGUAGGAGAGGUGUCCUAUGCUAAGAUUGGCCAACAAAAAAGACAGCCCGUACAACUAAUGAAAUCUCAAAUUUCACUCCUACAAUCCAACAAUAACAAGCAACUAAAAUACGAAAAACAAUGGGAAACGUUGGCGAACAAGCCAAUUGGUAAUAAAGAGAAAACAUGGUACGAUAACGAUGCGGAUGUUAUGGUGUUGAGCAAAAAGAAACUGAGCGCCAAGCAACAUUAUCUAUCAGUGGCCAGAUAUGUAACGGGGAGGGCUUCCAACUUCCAAGCAGCUGAGAAUGAGAAUAUGUCAAAGAGCAUGAGAAAUGACACAUUCCCAUCAGUCAGCAAAGUGUCUUAUGGCCAAGGCGAUAAGAAUAAAAAUAGCAAACGACAUGGAAAAAACGAAUGGACUUCAAAGUACUUGGAGUAA